UGGGAUUUCUUUUUCUGUCUAAAUGUAAAAGGAAUACCCAGAAAAUGUCACAAGAGUAUUAUCGUAUGCUAAAUUUCUGGAACAAGGAAAAACAAUUCUUCAAAAUCAUUUGAGAAAGUUCGAACAGAGCAAGAGAAUUCCAGAAAACUGCUUGCGUUUAUUUGAUAUGUUUUUACAGAUUUUAUACAAAAACAGAACGUUUAACCUAAAUUAUGAAAAUAGAAACAUGAUCUGUCUAGCCUAUCUAGGAACAAAUGCAUAUACGGUUGCCGUAUUUGACGAGUGUCAAUCUUCCAUAAUAUCAUUCAUAAAAAAUAUCAAUAACUGAUUCGUGUUCACAUUCUCAUCAUGGGUUAUAUAUGUUAUGUAACGCGCUCUAGGGAAAACAAUAUUUCCUUGUUCUUAAAAAUCUUUAGUUAUGGACUGCGGCCUAAUGUGACAUCUUAGGUCUCCUCUACCGUAUUAAUCCUUAUCACGUGUGCGUGUGUACACGUAGAAGGUGAAGUAUAUGUAAUUGUAUACAAGAGUGUGUGUAGGAAGGAAUUGAGGAAACAGGAGAUGGAGAGGUGAUGUUACCGAUAACGUACGGAGGGAAUGCGCUGUUGACGAGAGUGGCUUUGGUGAGAGGACUCAGUCCCGUGGUUUUCGUUGUCUCCCGUCAAGCCAUCGCCACUCUCUUCAUCUCUCCCUUCUCUUUCCUCUCCCUCUGGUAUGCGUGUAUAUAUAUACACCUCUGUAUUUGUUCUUCCCCUUGCAUUCGUUAUUACACAUUCUUCUCUUCCUACGAGCUGAAUCGAGAUAUAAACAAGAAUGUGAAGAAAAAACAGGAUGACGGUGAAUCAGAAUGCGUGAACGUGAGGAGCUUGAGAGGGGUAGCGAAGAUAAUAGGGACGGGGAUAUGUGCAGGAGGAGCCAUGGCAAUGACGCUCCUAAAGGGCUCUCAACUGCUCAACUCCACCAAGGGUGAUGAUGAUGACACCUGGUUUCUCCUUUUAAGCACUUGUAAUUUUGGUUCAUCCUUCAGUAAGAUUCGUUGGCAGGCUCCGAUAUCAGAGAACUGUCCAGAUCACUUGUACACGUCCUCGUGGAUGUGUUUACUGGCGACGGUAUCAUCAGCGACAGUGGCAGUGAUAUUUGGGAGAAGGGAUUUAGGAUCUUGGAAGCUUGAUUCCUUCUUGAAGCUCUCUAGCUGUCUAUACUCUGGGAUAACAGUGGCGAUAUCCUUCUUUGUGCAAGCAUGGUGUGUGUUUCUCACACAAAAACACUAG